AUGCUGCAUCCAGCCCUUAUUGUUUGGUGGUUUUGGGCAGGUUUUGCCGUCGCUGAUGAAGGGGACGAUUUCGCGAACAAUCUAUUCUCUGAUCUGGCACCUCUGUUGGCCCUUUUCGGAGAACGAGUUACCAUGCAAUUCAUGAGCCAGUCCAUGGGUUGGGCGGAUAACUUGAUACUUGCCAUGGGCCCAAUAGGAAUAGUGACAAUCAUCGUCAGCGCCAUCAGAGUUGGUGGUCCGAACUGGAUGAGGGUCUUGGUCGGAAGAGCGAAGGAGAACCUUGCGGCUGCCGAAAUGGAGCUCCUGUCAUCUACUUCUAAGGAAGUUUGCGAGCUCUGGAAUGGGGCAGAAGUUGUUAGGUGUAUGGGAAAAUGCCCUCUGACAGAGUUCAUCAUCCUUGUCCCCAACAAGGGGGUAAACAAGGACUCUCACGUUGUAGUCCGUGAUAAGUGGGAGACGUAUCUGGAAGAAGCUAAACACAAAACAGCCGUUAUUCAAACAUCUCCCGGUAAAACAUCCGUUAAUAGUUCUUCAGAUGAAGAAAAGGGGCAAACAAAAAAUGGAAAUCCGGAAUCUGAGGAUAAGCCACCCCCAGUCCAUGGCAAUAAUGGCACAGAAAAUCAGGCCACCAAGGACGAACAAAACUCCGAUGAAGAUAAGAACAACAUCAUUAUCAUACGAAUUAACGACAAAAAGGUUGAAAAUGUUCCAAACAUAUCUUUGAAUUGCUACAAGCUUCCCAGCUCCAGGGAACUUUGGAUAGUUGCCAUUAUUGGGACCAUUCUCCAGCUUGGAGUCGUGGCAUUCUGGGGCUGUGCUACAUAUUACCGAACGCUACGGUUCCCCAAAGGCGGUAAAGAAGUUCCGGAGUAUGCAUAUCCUUGCGCUGCAACUGGAACGGUACUCUUGCUGUUCGGUAUGAUACUUUGCUCGCAUGUUGUUGAGAGCAGGACUAAGGAGCGGAAAUAUGUUCCACGUGGAAUGGCGCACGAUGUCUACUUUUGUUGGUUACAGCAAGAAAAGAUUGUGAACGACCAGUCAUUCAACUCACACAUUAUCUAUUGCGAAAAGAAAAACAAGUACAUCGUCAUGUCGUGGCGAGAUGGCGAAGAGAGCAGAUUGAAAACACUUACCUUUUUCUCAUCACUCAUUUCUCUUGCUGGAUUCGUCGUACAAUUCGUCGGUUUGCGGGGAUUGCACUGGUCUGCCUCUGUUAGUCAACUUGUCAUCGUAGGGGUCAUGCUUGCUUGCAAAGCAUGGGUUCGCCGUGGGCUCGCCAGCCCCCCAGAAAGCAGUGACUCCCUCAAACCGGGAUUUGAGCUUGAGUGGCUCACCAAAGUACUGUGCGAGCCAAGUGAACCACGUCAGGAACCGCUCCUAGAUUUAUCUCGAGAUUCAGCUGUAGAACCACCUCAAAAGCCACAUCAAGAUUUAUCUCGAGACUCAUCUCAAAAGUUAACAGAGGAACCACCUCAGAAACCACCUCAAAAUUCAUCUCAAGAACCAGACCAAGAGCCGGACCAAGAACCAGACCAAGAACCGGACCAGAAACCAGCUCAACAUCCACAUCAAGAAGUAUCUCAAAACUCAUCUCAAAAUUCAGCUCAAGAUUCACCUCAGGGGCCAGCCCAAGGUCCAGCUAUUAAACCACCUCAAGACCUGGCUCUGAAUCUAGCUCUCGAGUGGAUUAAGGAAAAGAUAGAGGAACUUCGGGCUUCCAGACCUCAAGGUUCUGACUCGUUCAUCAGAUCGUUGCGCAGAGUCUGGGCAUGUAUUCGGAUUUUAUUCCUCAGGUUCUUGAAUGCAUUCUUUAGCGACGCUGGAGAUGCAAAAUGGUCUGAUAAUCAAGGCCUAGGGCACCGGUUUGUCGCGUGGUUCAUCAAGAAAUUGCACAGAAAAUAUGGUACAGGUGCCGUUUUUCAGUGGUUCAAGGAUGGAUUGUCGUCUGCGCCGGCAACUGACAACAAGGGAGUAGCCGGUAAACCGGCACAAAUACCAGACUGGAUGAUAAAUAAUUUUGGAAAGCCCGAGCUUCGAAUGGCUAAGGCCGCAAUAGGGUCGCCGGCACACAGCAUGAUGACGCUCCGUCGAGAUUUGGGUCGAUUGGCUGACUGGCCAGAGCGUCCGUCUAAAGCAUCAAUCGCUGUUACGAAAUCAAUUGAAAUCGCGAUGAACACACUUUUCCCCAAAGUCGUUGAAGGUACUGCGAAACCCACCUACUGGUCCAUAAAGAGCUCGAAGGACCAGGUGAUUGAUUUCCAGAUCGAGUACAAGAAUGGAAAUUUCACGGUCGAUUUUAUGGAAAUGGACGCGAUUCUAUCUCUGUGGCUAUUUUCUGAUAGCCAGCAAUACUCUGAAGACGAAUCUAAACGGUCAAGAGAGGAUGAAAAAACUGAUUCUUGGCUGAGAAGCAAAGGAUUGCUACCAGGGUCUGCCCUCUGCCUCCUCGGACCUUAUUCAGAAGCGUUGCACCGAGACAUAUGGUGGUGGAUGCCCACGAAGGAAAUGCCAAUUUUCCGAGUUCAGAAACGUGAAACGGCGAAGCCAGAUUAUGACUCUGUUGAAAACUUACGUGAAAGAUACGGAAGAGUCGUUGGUAGCGUUUCUGAAUAUGAAUGGAUCGAGAAACUGAAAACCAGACUGAAAAUCCUGGAUUUGGUCUACGCCCAACACAUAUUCUCCGCCUUCAUGAGCGCAGCUGCUACGGACAACUCUGUUCACGUUAAUCCUUCGAAGACGACCUUACGGACAGAAGCCACUAUCAAUGGUGACGCGUGGAGAUCCUUCGCAGUCAAAAACGAAACUCUUUCUAAAAUGGCCAUUGAAAUCCAACAAACAGGUCUUGGUAACCUGGAAGAAAUCUACCAAUGUAUUCUCCCUUCUCUUAGUCUCUCAAACAAACUGCCUCAUCCCGAUGGCAUGAUCGAACUAGCACGAAAAGAUGCUAGAGUACAUGAAAAGGCCGGGCAAUGGGAAGAGGCUGGGAGAAUAUACUUAUCCCUGAUGCGCAGGAUAAAAACGUAUCCCAAUGAGAGCGUCAUCGCAAUUAAAGCUGCAGCAACAGUAAUGCUAUUUUGGAGACAAGUUGUCUUUGGAAUUAGCACCGAGAUGGCCGGAGAUACGGCGGUAGAAGCAAUGGGAGAGAAAUUGGAAAAGCAGUUGAAAGAUAUCAACGAGAAAACCUUCCGCCAGCUAAUGAGUCUUUAUAUUACCCAGGGCCGUGGUCGUCCCUGGGAGGACGAACCGGCUAGACGGUUGAGCUUGAAUUUUUUCCGAAAUGAAUUUGGCAUCACUGCAUCCCACAAUGACGCUAGAAACUGUGAUCUGCGGAAUGUGUGGAAUGCCCAAGACAUGAGGUCCACUGAUAUCUUUGGUUGGACACCACUCCACUAUGCUUCAGCCGCAGGACCAUCACCGGAGGAACACAGGUUCCAUGUGCUUGAUACAAUAAAACGCCUUGCAGAAAGUGCAGACAUCAAUGCGCGCGAUUUGAUCGAAUGGACUCCGCUACAUUAUGCUUGCUGUGAUGGAGAAAUAGGCGUGGUGCAGACAAUUAUCCGGUUUGGCGCAGACGUGAAUGCGCAGGGGACAGAUAACUUCACGCCUCUUCACUGUGCGGCUUACCACGGCCACAAAGAGAUCGUCGCCGCAUUGAUUGAAGCAGGAGCCAAUGUUAACUUCCAAGACGUGUUUGGCAAUUCUCCAUUGUUCUGGGCUAUAAGGAAACGCCACGAGCCCGUUUGUCGCCUACUUUAUGAAAUCCCGGAUUUGAAUAAGAAAUUACGAAACUUCAAGGGAAUGACUGCUCUCCAUCAAGCUGCAGGUUUUGGUAACCAGGCAAUAGUGGAGCUGCUACUGCCUGACCAGGAUGUCAAUACAAGAGACCGCGCCCAGCAAACCCCACUGCAUCUGGCAGUGAAACAUGGGCAGGAGCAGGCUGUCAUAGAGCUUUUGAUUGAAAAGGGAGCGGAAAUCGAGGCCACGGCCAUGCAUUCUCAGACCCCACUACACAUGGCAAUAGCAGCAGGGCGAGAGGCAGUUAUUAAGCUGCUUAUUACAAAGGGUGCAGACGUCGAAGCUAAAACUGACCUAGGGCAGAACCCCCUAUCUAUAGCAGUAGUGGCAGGGCCAGAGGCGGUUAUUAACCUGCUCCUUGAGAAGGGUGCACAAAUUGAAAAUCUCAACGUGGGUUAUUCACUACAUCUAGCAGCAGAGCUAGGUCGAGAGGCAGUUGCUAAGCUGCUGCUUGAAAAGGGUGCAGACAUUGAGUUUGAAAAUGCCGAGGGGGAAACCCCACUACAUGUAGCAGCAUGGAAAGGUCGAGAAGCAGUUGUUAAGCUGCUGCUUGAAAAGGGUGCAGAUAUGAGGUUUCGAUCCACGGCAGGCCAAACCCUGCUACACACAGCAGCAUUGGCCGGGCAUGAGGCGGUUAUUAGGCUGCUGCUUGAAAAAGGUGCCAAUUUCACGGCUCAAGAUUUCCAAGGCAAGAUUCCACUACAUGCAGCAGCAGUCAGAGGGCGUGAGGCGGUUGUUAGGCUGCUGCUUGAAAUGGGUGCAAAUAUUGAGGCUCAAGAUGCAGAAAACCGGACACCACUAUAUACGGCAGUAUCGUCAGGGCAUGAGGCGGUUGUUAGGCUACUGCUUGAAAAGGGUGCAAACAUUGAGACCAAGGCUAGUGGAAAGUACAGUCACACCCCGCUACACGUAGCAGCAGGGAUGGGGUAUGAGGCGGUUGUUAGGCUGCUGCUCGAUAAGGGUGCAAAUACCAAGGCUCAAGAUAUAGAAGGCAAGACGCCACUACAUAUAGCAGCAGAGAUUGGUCGAGAGGCAGUCAUUAAGGUGCUGCUUGAAAUGGGUGCAGACCUUGAGGCUAAAAGUGGUCAAGGCAAAACCCCACUAAUUAUGGCAGAAGAGGCUGGAGAAGAGGCGGCUGUUCGGCUGUUGCGUAAUUAUGUGCAGAUGUAA